UCAUAGAAGUUGUGUGUUGGGUAGAGGUUACGACUGUGAAUCAGUCUUCAUUGACCAACAGAUUUCUCAUGGAUACAAAUCAUAGAAACUGGGAAAUUGACGACAAAGACCAUAUGUAUGAAAUAAGAAAAAAUACAUACUGGGAGAAAUAUGGAGUUAAACGUUUUCCUUACCGUGGAAAGCGCAAAUACACGCCAUUGGUUUACCAGUCUGAUGAUGGAGGAAUCGUAAUCUCAAAUGAUGUUUUCGGAUUGACAAUCACACAGUUUGAACGAAUGUAUAAAGAUUGUUUGGGUAGAAGAAAAACAAACGAAAGCUGGAUAAUGAAUCUUAGAUAUCCUGACAAAGCUUCAAAUGAAUAUCUAGAAUACUUAAAUAACUGUACAGUCUGCAAUAAAGAGUAUUUGUCUUGGACUGAAAAUGAUUCCACAGAAAACAACUUGAUCAAACACCUAAUAAAAACAGUAGGUACUGAAAUAGACAUACGUAAGAGACAACUACUGUUUAUCUUAAACGAUAAAGUACACAAUGCAAAUGACGAAAUUGGAACACAAAUAUCCAGUGGGAGUUUAGCAGAAGGUCUAAGUUUACCAGGAAGUGAUAUAGAUGUAAUGUAUGUCGAUAAUAAUGUAAACGUAACACGGAUUGAAAGGAUUAUCAAACAUCCGGUAAAACGUACUGAAUUUGUUAUGGAGACAGAUACUGAUCAUCCUGGAUUUACUAGACUCAGAUUGGUAGCGGAAGCUAAAAUGGAACAUUUUGUAAGGAAUAAAUGUAUUGUCAAUACACAAGCAGGUCCAUAUUUAUCAACGACCAACUGUGUAAAUGGUAUGAAGCAGAUUCAACAGCAGAUUUUCUCAGCACACGGUCCCUGCUUAUCAAAUGCAAAUCUUUCUAUGGAUAUUGCAUUAUGUCUUAGGAGUAAAUAUUUACCAUACCAUGCCAUGCCAUGGAUAUUGCGUUAUCGACGGCAAUGGCCCCCUAAUGUCACCAUUGACAGGAUAAUAAAUAACGGUUGUUUGUUAGUACCUAUUGGACCCAGGACUAUGCCAAAUUGUGAUUUAUUAUGGAGAAUAUCCUUCUCUGUGGCAGAAAAACAACUUGUACAUUCGUUUAAUUUCAGCCAACUCUUGUGUUACGGUCUUCUUAAAUUAACAUUACAACGUAUCGUAAACACAAACGACGAUGUAAAAGACUUGUUGUGUUCUUACUUUUUGAAGACGGCUUUAUUCUGGGUCUCAGAGGAAGUGGAUAUUGACACAUUUCAAUUACCUAAAUUGUUUAUUUGUUUUUCUCUCUGUCUGAAUAAGCUGAUAUUAUGGGUAAACAACUGCUACUGUCCGAACUAUUUCAUACCUGAACAAAACAUGUUCUUAGGAAAGAUCGAUAUACAUAACAAUAACUCACUACUCAGUGUACUGAAUAGUAUAAAGUAUAGUGGAAUCAAUGGAUUGAUGCAGAAUUUAUUUCAUUCGUAUAAUUGUAAUAUAAGUUGUUAUCCGUCAUAUAGUGAACACAGUGAACAAUCAGAAAUAUUGUUAGAUUUCCUGUUUUACAGAACUACUACUAUAUUUAUGAAUCCCGGUAUUGAGCUAAUGUCAAAAUAUCAUAAAGUACUAUCAUUUAUUGAGUCUUUACAAAAUUCUGAAACCACUUUAUUUAAUAUUGAUGUGUGUAAGUUUCAUUAUGCUACCAUUAAUCAAUACACAGCACAACUAUUACCAUCACCGAAAACAAUAAAUAUCAAUAACAAGAACAGCAUAUGCACAAGUUAUCAUAGACAUUUACAGGAUGGCAUAAAGAGGGAUGCUGUGACAGGUUGGUUGUUAUACGCGUCUUUUUAUUAUGUAACAGAACAGUACAAUGUAACACUCAGACUUACAGAGUAUGUGCUAUCAAAAUAUUCACCAGAUAUGGUGAAGUUAGGUAUGAAUUACAGCAGUGAAGCAGAUAUAAAUGAUUAUAAACAUAACGUACAUUCUUUAAUGACACUGAAUGCAAGGAUGAAAACAGUUGUUGAAGAUAAUAUAAUGUACUUACCGCACUCAUCAUUAAUACCACAAGAGCUAGAGCUAGAAGUAAAAGACAGUGUGUUCAUAAUACCACCGGGUAUACUGUCUCACUGUUUAAGAUUUCUAUGCUAUCAUCAUAUUGGUGAUACUUUUAACAGACAACGGACAUUGCAUCAUUUAUUUUCAUUACAAUCUAGCACACCUAAGCAUGCUAAAGUAUUUUCUUAUAUAUUAACACUUUUUGGAGUAUGUUGUGAAAUAUCUGGUGAUAAUGACACAGCUUUUCAUUGCUAUGAAGACGCUUUGCAAUGUGAUUAUAUUAUUUGUACCUCUGCAGAAAUAAGGAAGUUAAGACUUUUAAACAUCUAAUCCAAAGUUAUAUCGCUGUAAUGAUUAUGUCUGAUUAAACCUGACUAUGACCUUUUAAGCCAAACUUAAUAUAAUUGUGUUAUCGAGCUGCACUAUGGAAUGAAUGUUAGUCUUUUAGAUAGAUCGUACUUAUUACGAAAUUUUAGGCGAAAACAAAAUUAGGGUCAACGAUGUUGAUUUUUGAGAUAUGACGUCAUCGAAACUUAAAAAAUCGCGUUUUACCAAAAAAAGAAAAAUAGCCCUCGCUAAAAAAGUAGCUAAACUAUGCAAACGUAUUUUAUUUUUUUGUUUAACUGUGAUAAUAAAAUCAUUCAAAUAUUACUUGCACAUUAAAGAUAUGUAUUUGUCUCAAUUUCCUUGUUUUUCAAGGCCUUUUGAUAUUUCUCGCCAUUUUUAGUUGCUAUUUGUUCUCAAAAUCAAACAAAUUUACUAAUGUUUGUUUUUCCCUUUAAACUUCUGCAUUCGUUGCAGCUUCAGGGGAAGAUUUUAAAAGCAUAAAUAAAAAGGAAAGUCAGCGAUGUUUUUGAACCGCUAAAAAGGAAAUAAUAAUAUUAUCGUAUUUUGGCGGGAAAUAUAGAUAUAGGAAGAUGUGGUAUGAGUACCAAUGAGACAACUUUCCACCCUAAUAACAAUUUAUAAUAGUAAACCAUUAUUGGUCAAUGUACGGGCUUCAACACAGAGCCUUGGCUCACACCGAACAAAAAGCUAUAACGGGCCCCAAAAUUACUAGUGUAAAACCAUUCAAACAGGAAAAACAACAGUAUAAUCUUUAUCUUUUCUGUUCACGUUAUAGAAUGACGUUGCAAGGCUUGCAUUGAGUUGAAACAUUUUAUUUUCACUACAAACAUUAGUAUCAUGUUUCACAUUUUUUUUAAGGUUAAUUCGAUUAUUCAUUAAUAUUUUUUAUCAAUCUAUUGAAUCGUUAAACAAAGUUUAUUAUUAAGAAAUUGUCAAGGAUGAAAUCAUCUCUUUUUUUAUUUGCAUGUGUUAAAUAAGAAAUUUGUCUCAUGCCAUAUAUUAUAGAAAUCAUUUUCGGCUUGUAGUUUAUUCGCUGAAAAGUAGCACGUUCCUUUUUGUCUGCAAGCAGAAUAACUUCACUGCCUUGUCCUUUCGGACCUAGAAGAUAAAACCUGAAACGUCAUGUAAAAAAAAUGCCGCAAACUUAGCAUGUUAAAAAACCCCACUAUUUUUCGAAAGGAUCUUACAAUUGGUUAAACUAUUAAUUGCUGUAAUUACACAACGCUGCAUAACUUAUUCGAACUGCGGCAACCAAUGUUUACUGAGUUUGAUCAUCAACACACAUGCAUUUUUUCAUAAUUAUUGUACAUACAUUGUAAUAUUGUUCAAUAGAUAUUUGUUAUCAAAUGUGGAUAAACUUAGAGGUAGAUUAAGAGAUUAAGUUGGAGUUACAGUUAUAUUUGAGUUAAAGUUCGAGUUUUACUCCGAGUUGAAUAAGUUAGAGUUCUUGUUUCACUUAGAAACUUCCGAUUUAUAAUAUGAGUUAGAACAAAAAUUCUGGUACGAAAUAACAUUUUGAGAUUAGAUAAAAUUAAGGGUAAGAUUGCCGUUUCUAUUUCUGUUGGUGCACCUCUUUUCUUUUAAUGUAUAUUUUUUAAUAACAUGUAUGUUUCAGUUGGUAUAUAUACUUGCUGUUGCCAAUAAAGUUAUGUGACAGGUAAACACGAACCUAUA